AUGGCGAUUUGUACAUUUCUGUAUUAUGUCUGGCUUGGCUGGAUAUGCCACAAAGAGGUGUGUUACGAUGGGCUGGGAUGUUUUGAGAACAAACCACCAUUCCACAACGCAAACUUUGAAGUCCCUCAAUCUCCGAAGGAUCAACAGGUUUCAUUUUUGCUGUACACAGUAAAUAAUAACGAUACUCCAGAAGAUCUUACAGCAAAUACUACGGAAAUUGAACUAUCCGAAUACUACGUUGAAAGUAAAAGGACUAUUUUCAUAAUACAUGGGUAUAUUGGAAGUCCACAAGAUGAAUGGAUAGUAUCAGCUAAAGACGCAAUACUUUCAGUGGAAGAUGCUAACGUUAUUGUAGUCGACUGGGAAAAAGGAGCGGACGAUUUAAUUAACUAUUACCAGGCUGCAGCAAAUACUAGAGUAGUAGGUGCCCUAACUGCUCAGCUGAUGACGUCACUGCAUACGUCAACUGGUGCUAAUUAUAGUAACAUGUAUAUAGUGGGAUACAGUUUGGGUGCACAUGUUGCUGGCUAUGCAGGAGAAAGGAUACCUUCACUCGGGAGAAUUACAGGUAAAUUAUCUAAAAAUGUCGUUAUUGCGAACUUUUAUCUAUGUGCACUCGACCUUAAUAUAUACAAUGAAACGUUCGAUUACUCUGUCUGUCGUUUAGCUAGCGUUGUAGUCGUCCAUGUUACACAUUAUUUUUUCACAGGCUUAGACCCGGCUCAUAGGGCAUUCAGCAAAGACAAACCCAAAGUAAGGUUAGACGCUACUGAUGCCCAAUAUGUGGAUGUAAUUCACACCGAUUCAAAGCAAUGGAUCUGGGGAUUUGGAAUUCGAGACUCAAUUGGACACGCGGAUUACUUUCCGAACGGAGGUCGGAACCAGCCUGGUUGCUUCUCUUUCUGGUCUUUCCUGAGACAAAGUACGUGUGACCACGCCAGAUCUAGGCAGUUCUUUGUGGAGUCAAUCAAUUCUUCAUGCACAUUCCAUGCUGUACCAUGUGGCAACUGGAGAAAGUUCAAACGUAACGAAUGUACAUGUGACACAGACUGUGGGCAGAUGGGCUUCCCACAAAAUGACGUCAGCGUUACGGGGAACUUCUAUCUCAGAACAAAUGGACAAGAACCUUUUUGUCAAAGUUAA